UCCCAGAAUCAAAUCCGACCCAGGCUACUGUUUCAAUCCUAGUCCUACUACAUACGACCUAGCCUAGUUAAAAUCAAACGUAUAUAUAAAAACCCACUUGUCUGCAACUACUAACAUCGCUCUCCACUCUCCACCCACCCUUUUACACAAUCAAAGUUUUGAUUUUUGCCUUACACCCAAACUCCUUCACACGCCUCGCCUCUGCCCGCUGUUCUUCCCUUCAUCUCCAACUGGUUUGCACUUUCCGAUCCAUCGUUCAUCCCUUCUAGCCCUAAUCUUUGUCUAAUAAAUGGCGCGCCUUUGGGAGAGCUUGCAGUGUGUCAUCAUCGUCUUGUUUUUCAUGAAACCUAAGAACAACCGACGAGGUGGUUUGAGGUGUGUUAACGUUGUCAUGUCGAAGAACACGAAAACCGGGAAUGUGUCGGAGGGGUCGGAGCCGGGUUCUUCUCUGGGUCGGAGCCCGGGGUACCGGGGGGUGAGGCGGCGGAAGAGCACUGGGAAAUGGGUGUCGGAGAUUCGGGAGCCGAGAUCGCCGAACAGGAUUUGGCUGGGGACGUUUGCCACGCCGGAAAUGGCGGCGGUGGCCUACGACGUGGCGGUGCGGGCUUUGCGGGGUCCAAACGCGGAGCUCAACUUCCCUAACUCCGCCGCGUCUCUCCCUGUCCCGGCGUCUAACUCCGCCCGGGACAUUCAAGCGGCGGCGGCUACCGCGGCCGCCGCUCUCGGGGCGGCCGCGGACGCACUGGAGGUCCCGAAGGAGGGCGGAGACGAAUUAGACAAUAAUAAUUCUGAAGAAUGUAAGGAGUUUGUUGACGAAGACAUGAUAUUUGAUAUGCCGAAUGUUCUUGUGAACAUGGCUGAAGGGAUGCUCCUUAGUCCGCCGCGUCUCGAUGUCGCCGGCGACUGGGACGCCACUGCGGCCGAUCACAACCUCUGGAAUUAUCCCUAAUGAGUCAGUCAAUCAUCUCCUUCUAUAUAUAUAUAUAUUUGCCUAAAUCUUCAUAAUUAUGGACUAUAAUGCAUAAUUAAUACUAUACCCUAAUAAUCUCGCUGGAAGGAGAAGGAAAAUCAACAUGCGAGCAUGAAUGUAAUAUAAUGUUUGUACUUUUUUUUUUUUUUUUUUUUUUUUUUGUUUUUCCUGUAAAAGUUUCCUAUUUCAUGCAUGUCCUUCAUUUUGCUUCUUCUCUUUGAUCUAUGGGGAAAAUUCUACUCGAUUUUACCUAUGAGAUCAAUAUAUAGUUAACUCUUGUAAGAGUGAAACUUAAAGCUUUGUAAUUAUCUAGUGGGUGUCAGAUCAACUUGGUUUGUUUUGCUUCUUAUGUUGAGUCUAUGUA